AUGCUCGCCCUGCGCCCUCGAUCAGCGGCGUCUUUGUCUCGAUCCGCAGCGCCGCCGCCAGCGGCCAGCGCGCCGCGUCGCGACCAGCGCCGCGCCCGCCCGCAGCGCGCCUCGCGGCUAGCGCCACCGCCCGCCGCCCGCCGCGCCGUCAGCAGCGCCCUCGCCGCUAGCGACCGGCAGCGCCGCCGCCGCGCCAGUCGCGCCCGCGCAGCGCCGUCGGUCAGCGCGUCCCAGCCGCCUCGCCGCGCGCGCGGCCCGGUAGAGCGCGGCCGCGCGCUCGCCGCGCCCAGCGCCCAGCCCGCCGCCGCGCCGCCGCAGCCCAGUACGCGUCCCAGCCGCGCCUCGCCCGGCGCGCCAGCCGGCGCCGCCAGCGCGCCUCGUCGCCAGCGCCCGCCCUGCCGCCGCCCAGCGCGCGCCGCCCAGCGAUUUCAGAGAUCAUCUGCGCGCACUCUAUCUUCCUUCCAGUCAGGCGUUGCGCUACUCCUUUCUCUGAGACUCUCACAUCUACCUAUCGGCGUGAGGGCGUGCAUCUCGGAUUCUUCUGCCGUGCUCGAUGAUUUAUGGCGUCGGUGUGAUGAGAUGACACCCUCUCCUUCUCCGACUGUGCCAAGUGUCUUGCCAUUGCUCGGGGAUCGUGAUUAUCUUCGUGCUUAUGAGUUUCUCAUGCGUCUUAGCCACGAGUUCGAGGCCGUUCGGGCUCGGCUACUACCGGGUUACACCUCAGAUGCGCUAGUGAUACUCGGCAUAUGUGCUUCUUGA